AUGGAUUGUUCCACCCCCAACACAAAAAGAUUUUCUGAGGUGAAGGAGUGGAUCUUCAGACUGGCUGGCUUUGUCUGUGGCCUCUUAUCUUUGGGAUGUGGAAUGAUCCUUGCAAACAGCAGAUAUUGGCGCCUCUGGGAAUUCGAAGAUAAGGUUGUUCAGCUUGUGUACAUUGGACUCUGGGAAGCUUAUUACUAUGAGGAAUUUUACAUCUCUGGUUCUGUGACCAGAGUUCUGAUACAGAGCCCUGUCAACUCUACCUGGACCAUUUCACCAGAAUUUAGAUGUGCACAGUCUCUGAUAUUACUAGCAAUGCUGAUAAAAUCAGUUGCUGUGCUUUUUAGUGUAGCAGCCAUUCGAGUCAGAAUUAUCAAAGUGUCAGUCCCUGAGAUGGAAAUACUGUGCUCCAGGUGCUCUGUCUUAUUUCUGGUGCUUAGCAGUCUUUGUACCAUUAUUUCUGUCACCUGGAACCAUGUAGUAGAUCUCUAUGGCAAAACCACCCUUGACUUUCCACCUACCUUUCCAGUUAGGAAAGCAGCCCUGAUAAGGAAACACACCACUCACAUGAUCUCAGUAGGGAUCCUGACAAUCGCCCUGUCACUCCUCCGUGUGAUUAUGUUUCUCUUUAACAUCAGGUCAUCAAAAGGACAGAGGAAACUAAAUGCCCAGAUUUCUUCCAAACAGGCUAAUCAAACGGCCUGA